AUGAAUGCGAUUUUGGAAAUGGCAGCUUUAGGCUUUGAGAAUAAUAAAGAGAUUGUCUGGGGAUGCGGCGGAAGUUUGAUCAGCUUAAAGUUUGUGCUCACUGCUGCUCAUUGUCUGUACAAUGUCGAAUACGGAUCUGUCAAGCAUGUGAGAUUGGGGGAUUUAAACUUAAAAAGCGAUGAAGACGAUGAUCAGGUACAAGAUUUCACGGUCAUGAAGAGAUACAAGCAUCCCCUAUAUAAGAGACCUUCGAAAUAUCACGACAUAGCUUUACUAGAAUUGGAUCGUGAUGCUAAAGUCACUGAAUAUGUAAAGAUCGCGUGUCUUAAUGUAAUCGAUAUUCCAAAUGAUAAUGUAUACAUUGCUAUUGGUUGGGGUUUACUAUCGUUCCAUGGAAAAACAGCAAAUAUUUUGCAGAAAGUGCACGUGAGAGAAGUCAAUAAUUCAGCGUGCAAUAACUUCUAUGAAGUACACCAGCGUUUCUACAACUCGGGCAUUGUGGAAUCAACGCAAAUUUGCGCAGGAGAACCUGGAAAAGACACGUGCAAGGGAGAUUCCGGAGGACCUCUACAAAUACGCAAUAGGAACUAUCUGAAAGCUUACGAUAUCCAUGGGGUGACUUCCUUUGGUAAAGCGUGUCUCCUAACUAACAGUCCGGGUGUUUACACCAGAGUUUCCUAUUAUAUUGAUUGGAUCGAAUCAAUAGUUUGGCCAUAA